CACCUGGCCCUGACCCCCAACCUCGCGCCCACAGUGGCUGAGCACCUCAUCGCCCAGCACAGCGCCAUCAAGAUGCUGCACAGCCGGGUCAAGCUCAUCCUGGAGUACGUGCGGGCUUCCGAAGCCGGCGAGGUGCCCUUCAACCACGAGAUCCUGCGCGAGGCCUACGCCCUGUGCCACUGCCUGCCCGUCCUCAGCACCGACAAGUUCAAGACGGACUUCUACGACCAAUGCAACGACGUGGGACUCAUGGCCUACCUGGGCACCAUCACCAAGACCUGCAACACCAUGAACCAGUUCGUCAACAAGUUCAACAUCCUCUACGACCACCGCAUCGGGCGCCGCAUGCGGGGGCUCUUCUUCUAGUGGAGGGGGAGGGGGAAAGGAAGACCCCUCCCCCAACCCCUGGACACCCUCUUCCUCCCAGAACUGUGUCCCUCCUCCCUGGAGCUGGGGGUGGGGGGGGAAGGCGCAAGGGGACAGUCCCCACGCGUCCCCUCCCUAAUAAAACGCGGUUCCGGGGCAGGAA